AUGUCUGCUUGGUUAUUUAUUACUGCAGUUGCAUUAAAUUGUUUAAACUUAUUUGCACAAGUUCAUUUCACAAUUUUAUAUGCUGAUUUAGAAGCAGAUUAUAUUAAUCCAAUCGAAUUAUGCUCUAAAAUUAAUAAACUAAUUGUCCCAGAGGCUGUUAUACAUUCCUUUUUAUCCCUUUUAUUUUUACUUAAUGGGUAUUGGUUUGUGUUUUUAUUAAACUUACCAAUUCUAAUUUAUAACGGUGAUAAAUUCCAUAAGAAAACACAAUUAUUAGAUGCUACAGAAAUUUUUAGAAAUUUAGGAAAAUUUAAAAGAGCUGCCUUAUUGAAAUUAUGCGCCUAUAUGCUAUUGUUUUUCUUCUAUUUAUACAGAAUGAUUAUGGCUUUAAUUCAAGAAAGUGAUGCUUAA